AUGGAAGUCUCUGGGCUUCAGGCAAUCCGUGUGGAAUAUCUCCCACCAAAUGCAACUGCAGUUUUACAGCCAAUGGAUCAGGGGAUAAUCAGUAGUUUCAAGCGAAAAUAUAAGACAGUGCUCUUGCAAAGAGUAAUCCUUGGCUUGGAAAGGGAACAACCUUAUCAGACUGAUAUUCUUGGUGCAAUGCAUUUAUCAAUCAGUGCAUGGAAUGAUGUUUUAGAUGAAACAAUUUCUAAAGCCUUUCGACAUGCAGGUUUUAUUAAAGAAACAGACGUAACUGAAGAAAUCCAUGACAAUAGAUCUCACGACGAAGAUGAGGUUCUCAUGCAUGAACUUUGCCGUAGAAAUCCACAGUUGCCAGAACUUUCAUUCAAGGAUUUUUUAAAUGUGGAUUCUAAUGUCAUCUGCACGGAGGAAAUAUCGGAUCACGAUAUUAUUAGCAGCAUAAUCAACGAGAAUGAGAGACUUUCAGAUCCAGAAGAAGAAAAUGAAGUAACACCAAGACCUACUUUAAAACAAGCUACUGAAUACUUGUCAGAACUUAGACGAUUUUUUGAGGCCAGUGAUAAUUGUGAAAUGCUAACAAAUAUAGAGAAGAUGGAGUCUUGCAUUGUACAAUCUGUUGUUUUAAAACAGACAAAGAUAAGAGAUUAUUUUGUUGCUCAAUGA